AUCAAAUCAGCCUUAUACCUGAGACAACAGCAACAACAACUUGGUCCAAUCAUCUCGCGACCUACAAAGAACACUACCUUAUACCCACAUCGAACCUAUUAUCCCAAGACCACAUCUCAUCAUUCUGAGGUCGUACUUGCGUCGCUAAAGUUCCGACACACUCCAACUCCACUCUUCGCAUCAUAUACACACCACUUGUGGUUCCAAAGUCGCACAAUCAACACACAACAACAAUGUCUCCAAUCAUCGCCCGCGCUGCCAUCCGUGCUACUCGCACCGCCGGACAGAACAGGCAAUUCUCUGUCAUGCGAACAAUGCGCAAUGUGGCCCGCUCUUUUGAGCCGCAUCCCUUCCAGAGGCUGCCCAAUGCCGGAACCCCCCAGAAGGCAGACUGGAGCAAGCUGGUCAAGCGCUCUGCCGGUCAGGCCAUGAUUUACUUCCCUGGCUUCGGUUUCAUUCUGGGCUGGCCAUACCUCGCCAAGGUUGGCCUCGACGGACGCAUGUAGACGGAUCCAAAAAAAACGAAAAAAAAAAAAGAAAAAAAAAGACGAGAUUGCGUUCAACCAUAUAUAACAAGGAUGAGCGACAAGCAGCGGCAUUGGAUCAUAAGAGUAUGCGGGCGGAGCAUUUGUGGAAUACUUCAAGUAGACGGAGCGGCAUACACUUCAUCAUUGCGUCUGGCUGCAGCGCAUCCUGCAUUAGGUCGGCGUUUUUGGGAUACUGGGAGGAGCUUUGAUUGGGUUUAAGAUACCAGAAGAUCAGUUGGAAAGCUCUUCCACACAAGAAUAAUUUACUAUGUUCAACAAG